GCCUACUCAGCGGAUGCCCCCGCCGCCACUGCACCGCCUCGUCCCCAGACUUUUCUAGGGUUUCCUCCUGCCUCCACCACCGCAUCCGCCGGCGGCGUCGUCCCGUGGCGGUGCCGGCGACACCUGCCCACCCUCCUCCUCCAUCGGGUCGCUCCGCCCGACGUCCGCGACUAAGUCGUGUACUUCCCUUUAGCAAUGGCAGGGCAAGCAGGAAACCCAGUAAACCAUCCUAUAAGUCCCCAUGUGAUAAGUGGUGCAUUUGUUCAGCAAUAUUACCACAUUCUACACGAGCAACCGGAGCAAGUGCACAAGUUCUAUCAAGAUUCAAGCAUUAUUGGUCGACCAGAUUCCAGUGGAACCAUGGUGUCUGUGACCACUCUGGUUGACAUCAACGAAAAAAUUAUGUCUAUGGACUUCACUAACUGCUUAACAGAGAUAGAGACUGCAGAUGCUCAGUUAUCUCACAAGGAUGGGGUGCUCAUUGCUGUUACUGGAUCCUUGACUUCAUCUGAAGGCCUUUGUCGUAGAUUUACCCAGUCGUUCUUCCUAGCACCGCAAGAAAGUGGUGGCUAUUUUGUUCUCAAUGAUGUGUUUAGGUUUAUAUCAGAAAGACAACUGGCUGAGAUAAAUCAAGUUGUUACUCAAGGAAAUGAAAGCAGUCAGAAUGUUAGAUCUGGAUCCGAAACAUGUUCAGCAUUACCAGAACCUAUUCCAGCUGACAAGAGUCUGAUCUCAGACCAUCUGGCAGUUGAGAAUGUUACGGAGGGGCAAGUUAUCAACCCCUCUGUGAAUGGCACUGCCAUUGAAAAUAAUGUUACUUCCGAGUCACCUGUGCAAGUGGUCAAAGAGGAUCCUAAAAAGGCCCCAGUUGCUGCUCCUCCCCCUCCUGCUUCAACUCAGGCAGAUGUUCCUAAGAAAUCUUAUGCAUCCAUUGUGAAGGUCAUGAAGGAGGGCCCACCGACUCCACCAGCUGCCAAAGCAACUCCGUCAGUUGUCAAACAUAAGCCAGCGCCUAAAUCUGUCACCAAGCCCGUCGAAGGUCCAGAAAAAUCUUCUGCCAAACCUACCCAGUCUAAUGAAACCACUCCAAGUGAUGAUAAUGUUGCCGAAAAUGACUCUUCUCGUAAUGGGCAAGGCUAUUCAGUUUUUGUCAAGAGUUUGCCUUUCAAUGCCGAUGUUCAAAUGGUUGAGGAAGAAUUUAAGAAAUUUGGUGCUAUCAAGCCAGGUGGCAUCCAAGUCAGGCACGAUAAGGGCAUUGGUGUGCAGGCUGAUCGUUUCUGCUUUGGCUUUAUCGAAUAUGUGUCCCAGCAAUCUAGGCAAGCAGCCAUUGAGGCAUCCCCGGUUCAUAUGGGUCAGAAAGAAGUCUAUGUUGAGGAGAAAAGAACCACAACACGUGUUGUGAAUGGUGUUGUCAUCGCUCGUGGUGAUAAUGGUGGAGGUUCCCGUUUCCAAUCUGGCAGGGGAGAGUACCGUGGUGAUAAUUUCAGAGGACGAGGAAGUGGCUUUGCGAACAGUGUCAACUACAGAAGCGGUGACAACUACAACCGUGGGAAUGACGAGAACUUCAACCGCAGGAAUGAUGAGAACUUCAACCGCAGGAAUGAUGGCGAGAACUUCAACAGUAGGAAUGACGAGAACUUCAAUCGCAGGAAUGGCGGUGAGAACUUCAACCACAGGAGUGACGGCGGUGAGAACUUCAACCGCAGGAGUGACGGCGAGAACUUCAACCGGAGGAAUGACUUCAGAAACCGGAAUGAUUACUCAGGCCAUGGACGGGGGCCACCACCAGGGAAUGGCUAUCACCACAAUGGGAACGCUUUCCAUCCAUCUGGACCCUUCCAGAAUGGGAAUGGGAGGUUCCCCCGCGGCAAUGGCCCUAAGCAACCUCCGGUUGCUGCGUAGAGGUAUCACCAGGUGAUUUCCAUCAAAGUAGGAAGCUUAACGCUACAUUCAAGUGAGUGUAAGGAUUAUAGUAAGAGCAUUGCUGAUCACACAGUCGAGAGGCAUCAAAUUUUUCUGUACCGUGUUAAUUAGGUCGCUACCAUCUGAGUAGUGGCAGUGGUCCAUUGGUGGUAGGUGAAUUUUGUUGAUUAGUUGCCGUUGGCUAGUGUCAAUUGGUUGGUCAUGGUCCAUAAUUGUGUCAUCAGCCGAUCAGAAUUGGGGAAUUGGACACUAAUCUUAUUAAGUUUGUGAAGAGAUUGAAGUUCUCCUUA